AUGGCGCUCGUGCAGGGUAUCUUUGACAAUGAGAUGAGAUGCGUGUCGCUCUCCAACCAGGCCAGUCAUCACCAUCACCAUCACUCUCACAGUGCCACGGCCAUUUCGGACAAGGAGAGAGCUGGCCCGCAAAAUGGGCAGAGUCCUAGCCACAAGGAUGCUGUGGCGCUUCCGAUUCCACAGAACGUCGAUGAUGGCGAGCAAGGAGACGCAUUGAAUACGAAUGUCCUCCUUGCCUCGAAUGCUGACAAGCGCAGGGCUAACACACUGUCACAGGACGCUCGAGCAGCCGUUGUUGCUGAGAUCAUUCCGCCCAUCACCAUCAAAGCCCUGGUGCAUUUGUUCCUCUAUGCCCUGCACCAGGAAGCUAUAGCGUUCAGAAGUGCCACAAGAGACACAGAGAUUCCUGUUCGGGUCAUCUCGGGAAUCAUCAACCAGUGCGUCACGGCGCUGGCUGCAUUGAUGACGCUGACCGGCAAAUCCAACUCCGAAGUCGGCCCAACGGAGGAUGCCGCCUCCGGAUCCUGCGACUACGACGUUUGUGAAGCGAUCUCACAAGCCAUGACAGAGGGAGCUCAACUGGUUCCCCGAGCCCGCGUUGCGCAGCUGCAGGCCGAGAGAGGUGCCGAUUGCCUUCGAGCCCAUGUGCAGAAGAUGAUGGAGGAGGGGAGCUUCGAAUUCUCUUCGCAUCGUGGCCCGAAGUUGAACCUGAGCACUGAGCGGGUCACCACCGUCGGAUUUGUGUGGACGCGGCUAGGAGGAGACAUCCAGGACACGCGGUGCUUGCUCGUCACUACUACUCGGUUCCGCAUGAUCCUGCUAAGAGCGCCGGACAGAGCAUCAGCAAUGCCGCAACCUGCUGAUCUUCAUGUGCUGUCUGAGCCGCGCAACAUGCAAGACUUGAAGCGCGUGAUUUUCGACUUGAGGAUGCGCCAGAUCCUAUGCUUGGUCUGGGAUGGAGACGAAGGAUUGAAAUUCCAGCGUUUGGUAUUCGAGAGUUCGGGACGUCGGCGUUCCUUCCAAGAGGUUUUGCGCAAAGUGCCGCGUAAGCAAAAAGAUACCGGUGAAGAGGAUGGAAAGAAGGAGACGGCAUCCAUCCGGAUGCGUGCACGGGGAAUUCUGGAGUCGGCAGUGAAGUCUACUUCGCUGGAGUCCCUCCGCGAGACCUGUCAAGUCCGCAGGGGUGGCAUUCCGCUGGUCAGCGUAACAUUCGUGCAGAGCACGGGCGGCCUUGGGCUAAACGCGCAGCUGGACAUGCUCGUCCUGACGCGAUGCAGCGUAACUGUCGUCUCGUUCAACAGCUUCUGGUCAAAGUUUUGGAGGUCGGACGACGAAGUCCACUACGAACGGGAGGUUACCCAGGCAAGCCUGGAUACAGACUCAGAAGACGACCGGUUGCCGGACUUCAGCGAAAGCGUGGUGGCCACCUCCAAUGACCAUGCCGACAAGUGCGAGGCCUUGCACGGUCCAUGGGAUUUGGAGGACUUGCAAGGAGUCUGGUUCCUCUCCGAAGCAAGCCCCAAGGUUCGACUUCAGUUUGGAUCCACCCUCGAAGUCACUUUCCUGAGUGACGGGGAAAGGCAGCGAUUUCGCCGACAUUUGGCCACCAUUCUAGCAGAAGGUGCAGUUCCGCGAGCUGGCAAAGCCUCACAGGCAUGGGCGGUUGUCCCGACGGACAAGACGGACAUCAAGACGAUUCAGAAAGAAACAGGGGCAGUUCAGAAGUCCCGGCUGGCGCUGACGCGUGGAGAAGGAACCUGA